UCCACACCCCGAACCUUGAAGAUUCGAUUUGUCAAUAUUGAAUAGUCAUAAUUUAUAAGAUUAGUACAAAAAUCACGUAGAAUGCCUAAUGACCAAGAUUUCGGCUAAAGAUAUCCAAAUUCCGAACUCACUGCAAUUGGCGCCCAACGUGGGGCUACGUAGUAUUAAUUUCUUAUUCUAUGCUGGGGCUAUAGUUUUAUUGCAUACGAAAGCCGCAGUAAAUAUCUGGAUCCUCUCAAGGACAUGACUUGUCCUUAAGCAACAGGUUACCAGCCUAUACAUACAUUCAGUUUAUCAAGUUAGACAGAACGUAAGAAAAAUAAAAAUUCAAAUAAAAGGUAAGUCUUGCAAAUUCUGUUGAGAUAAAAAUGUUCCAUACGUUGUGAAAACUGAGAUUAGAUGUGAUUAUCGAUAGAUGAUUGAAUUAAUAACGAUAUUGUUACCCUGGACGUUGUCACCCCCUCUAUCUUUAUAAAUGGCGUGAGAUAAGUGUGAGUGCAGGCUAAGGUGGGAUGGGUUACCUACAGAGUCGGAUUCAGUAAUAGGCCGACGUAGUUCUACUCUGCCUACACCGUAAGGAUCACGGGUGUGAUCAUAUUAUGGACAUCGUCAUGACUAAUGGCUGAUAACACCGAGAUGGUCUUCAUUUAAUUUACUGCUUUUGCUUUUGCAUAUACGCAUUUGUUCGUUAUAUCUAUCUACUCAGCCUGUAUCCACCCACUGCUGGGUAUAGGCCUCCUUUCUUUCACGCCAUUAUUUUCGAUCCUGUGCAAGUCUCAUACCUCACAAUGUCAUCCGAUUAUCGGAUUAGUGGUCUGUCUUGAUAUCGUCUACCAUCUCAUCAUAGUUCAUCAUAUUCGACCUAUUUGUUCACAGGAAACAUCUAUACCAUAUUAUACCUAUGUCUACAACCUUAACUGUCCACCCAGUACAGGUCUCUGAAAACAUUAUAUCCUUAGGUAUUAGUUUACCUAAACAAUGCCCCAUCCCACAUUACCUUUAAAGAAAAUAUUACAAGACUAAUGGAUCUAUUCUCUAACCCGUCAAUCAAUUCCCGGUAUAUAAGGACAAGAAAACUGAUAUCCAUGAAUAGUUGACUAGAGGAUCCCAUAGGGACAGCACCAUGAUCACGAGAACGUUCAUAGUAAUACUGGCAUGCUGCAGCUACUUAUUUGCAAUACAAAUUGUACCUCGGACAUUGGCUAUAAGGAUCACACCCAAUGUGGAUGAGUUCAUGAUUGAAAACCAAAGGACAAGAACGCGUACGAGACAAAACUAUGUGGUGCAAGCGCUCGACGACGACAUUUCAGCUAAUCUGGACAACUUGGUCCCCGCGCCAGUGGCAGAAGCUUUCGAACCAGAAACAAAUCCCGAGGAAUUGACCGCUCAGAUUGUGGACUACGCUAACAUGAUCCGCAACGACAUAAUAUUCUUAGAUAACUCCGUUGAAACCACGACGCGGAAAAGAGGGAAUAUUAAGAAGAAAAAUUAUGGAACACCAGAUCCACCAUGCAACUGCGAAUCUGAGAGAGAUGUGAUAAACCUUGGUGAUAAUUACUACCCAACGAGGGUAGAAAACCGGAAAUGCUUGGAAGGGUCGUGCCCUCCUCCUUAUCACUGUAAACCAAAUUAUUAUUCUAUCACAGUCCUCAAGCUAAAAAGAAGUUUGCUCCGUAAAGAGGAGUCGACAGUGGCGUUACCGAGCGACUUCCACCACAGAUGGGUCGCUCACAAGAUGAAUGUCACAACCUCAUGUGUCUGCGCUAAAAAAAACGAUGAAAACUAACGAUUAAUUGUAUAUUAUUAAGAUAGAUCAUAGAACUGAAAACAGUUCAAAAUUACUGUAAUGAAUGAUUCUUGUAUUGUACGAGUUAAUAAUUACUAAUGUUAAUGUUUAGGCGACACACAUUCACGAUUGGAUUGUAAGAUAUUUACUUAAAAUUAAUAACUGUGAUGUUAUCGUA